AUGGAGACAAAACCCAUAGAGAGUAUCACAACAGAUGUGGUGAGGGAUUGCUUGAUCAAUAAGAUAUUGCCUGCCAUCAUAGCCAAGUGGCUAGAUGGGGCAACUAAAGUUCUCAAGAUACAACAAGAUAACGCGAGACCACACAUCAAAGACAAUGACCCAGUUUUCAGAGAAGCUGCACAACAAAGUGGUUUCUCAAUAUCAAUUGUGCAACAACCACCUAACUCACCUGACACCAAUGUGAAUGAUUUGGGUUGGUUCAGAGCAAUACAGUCACUACAAACUCAGACUGCAUGCAAUAAUGUGGAUGAUUUAAUCAAUGCAGUUGAGAAAUCAUUCCAUGAAUUACAACCAGAGACUUUGGAUAAUGUUUUCCUAAGUCUUCAAGGCUGUUACAUGGAAUUUAUGAAAGUCCAGGGUCAGAACAGAUACAAGCUGCCCCACGUGGGGAAAGCACAUUUAAGGAGGACAAAUCAACUUCCACUGAAUCUAGAAGUUCCAGUGGAGCUAGCUAUGCAAGCAAUUGCUUAUCUGCGAGACCAGGGGAGCAACCAAGGAUUGGAGACAAUUUCCCAAGCCUUAGGAUUAUGA